AUGCUCUUUAUUGAUGAAAUUCAUACAACUUCCCAAUUUAAAAAAAACAGGCAAGCAAAUUGGCCACAAUUAGAAGAAGCUCUAGCACUUUGGUUUGAUCAGGAUAUAAAACAUAAUCUUACAAUUUCAGGAGAUAUUCUUAAAACAAAAGCUCAAGCACUAGCUAAACUUAUAAAUAUAAAUGAUUUUAAAGGUAGUGAUGGGUGGCUCUCUCAUUUUAAACAUCAACAUCAUAUUUAUUCAGUAACUAAUCAAGGUGAGUUAGCAUCUGCUCCACUUGAAUUGUUACCACAAUAUCCUCGUGGUGAAACCUCCGAUGGUGAAGAUAGUAUUGAAUUAGAGUUGCAAAAUAUUAUAAAUGAAUAUUAUAGAGAAUCACAACCAGUUGAGGACUAUAUUAAUCACGAAUCCAAGUAUGAAUGCCUUCAUUAG